AGGGGCAGGAUAGGGGUGUAGAGGGGCUAUGGGUGAGUUUAACACGCGCACGCGGUCGCUGCUCUCCUCAGUGCGGGAUUCUGCAGUGCGGUUCUCUUCUUCACACGCAACAUGGAUGUGAGAGUGAUCUUAGUGGCAGUUCUGGUAACGGUGACUAUCUAUGGAUCUGUUUCAGACGCCAAGCCUAUCAGCCUGGUCGAGAGGUGUUGGUGCCGUUCUACAGUCACCAUGGUCCCCCAGAGGAACAUCCGUGAGCUGAAGUUCGUCCACACACCCAACUGUUCUUUCCAAGUCAUUGCCAAACUGAAGAACAAUAAAGAGGUGUGCCUCAAUCCUGAGACAAAAUGGCUACAGCAGUACCUUGAGAAAGCCCUUGAAAAAAUGAAGAAGGCCAAACAACAGGGCCAGUAAGGAAGCAGCUGGAUGGCAAGCCCGUUUGUGAGCCACCACCACAGAUAUGUACCUGUACCGUAUACUGCUCUGGCAUGCUUGCUGAACCAGCACUUAACCUGCAAACCUUGCUUCCCUGUCAAUGAUUUGCCACACCUUCAUCACCACCUCUGCUGCCGCUAUAGGCACCUCCUUUGUUAGCACAAUGUGCAAUUAUAUAUGUAUGAGUGUGUUUUUUUAUACGUAUGAGAUGUAUAUACAAUGUUUUUAUAUCGACUUUAAACAGUAAAGAGAUAUUUUUGGAGUUGCGUUUGCUCCUUGCCUGUCUGUUACAGAGUUAGGUAGCACUGAAUGUAGUAUGAUGAUUUCGGAGCAAACAUCCCAAAUUCUGCAAACUCACAGUGUUCUUUAUACUAUACCAUACAAGAGGAAAAAGUAAAGUGGGAAUCACACACUGGUGCAGAGCUGAGCCCCAAUGGCAGCAUACCUGACAGGAGAACAAAUAGGAAGGGAGUUGACUUUCUCCACCCAUUUAAUAAUCAUAUUUAAUUAACCCAUAUCUUAAAAAUUUGUAACACUGCAUAUUGCAUGUGAAUGUAAUAUUAUAUGUAUAUAUACACGAAAAGUGAAACGUUGCUUGUGUUUUUGUUCUCUGACUAACAGGGUGUUAUUUUAUACAAAAGUAAACCAAAAAACCUUGACCUUAGAUCAGCCUAAGUAGUCUGAAUUCCUUCAGGGAACAUACUCCCUCAGAAGUAGCUUGUGAGAAAAAAAUGGAAAGGAAUGCUCUUUUUUCUAAAUUCUAUCAUUGUGUAAGCAAAGAAACAUCUGGAGUCACAAACUAACGUAAUUAAGCAGCCAGUGUGUGGAAGGCAUAAAACUUAAACCAGAUUCACGUACAAGCAGAAUCAUUCAGAAUUAACUCAAAUUAUUUAGAAUUAACCAGAAUAAUUUAAUUAAAUGCACAUAAAAUUACACACAAUAUAAAAAUACAGAAGAUAUCAAAUGUACAGAAGUUUUUUACCACCAUGUAUAAGAAAAUAUCACCCAGAUUUAUCAUGCAAUUGCAGCUUUUAUCUCACAAAUGUGAGUUAAUAUUAUGCAAUUAUUAUCUCACCAUAGCAACUAUGAGAAAGGAAAGUUGCGUGAAAGCAAUUGCAACUACUUUUUAUCUCAUAACUGCCACACAAUGUUUCUCACAGUUGUGAGUUAAUAUCAUGCACUCUUCAUCUCGUAAUUUGAAAAUAAUUCACAAAACGUAAUUGCAACUUUUUAUCUCUGGCCACUCCAGGAGAAUGUCUUAGGCUGAACAGGAUAACGUGCCUGUGGUUUGGUGUGGCUUGGUUAGGGGUCGGGGGAUAGCCUAAUAAGCGGAAGCAUGAAGUCAGCUCACAACUGUGAGAUAUUAACUCGCAAUUGCAGGAUAAAACGUCUCAAUUGUGUGAUAUAAACUCUCAAUUGCAGAACAAAAUGUUUCAAGUGCAUGAUAUCUCUCGACUGUGAGAUAAAAAGCUGCAAAUGUGUAAUAUUAACUUGCAAUUAUGAGAUAAAUCUAUAUAAUAUUUUCUCAUAUGUCAGGGAAACAAGCUUCAAUAGAGAUGUUACUAACUUGCUAAGUAGAUUAGAAUAUUGAUACGCACGUGAGAUUAGUUAAAAAGACGUAGAGGCAGACAUUUCAAAUUACUGGACUAAAAUACCUAAUAACUAUCAAUAAUGGUAUAAUAAUGCACUUUAUUUACUGUGUCCUGAUAUCUAUUGUGAGGAUUACCAUCCACAGCAAAUAGUCCACUUUUCUAUGGUUAAAAAGAAGUUAGAAUAGACAAAUUUACUUUUCCUUUUGGGAAAACAAGCCCUUACAACAAUCAGUUUUACACAGCUAUUCAAAAAAGAAAAAAUAUUGAUUCUGACUAUUAAAAAGUGCACUAUAAAACUAACCUAUAUUUCUGUCUGCCAGACACCUCUCAAGGAAAAUAGUGUAUGAAAUUUGUCUGUAACAUGACUGCUAAUUUGAUCCUGUCAAGCGAUUUAAAGCAGUCGUUAAAGCAGCCAGGCCUCUUUUACACAGGCAGCCUGCAGGCACACAGGCCAGGAAACAUAAUGCCCAAUCAGCAUUAGAGAGGAAGUCUGUAGGCAAUGUUGUGGGGGUUAGGCCACCAGUUACAGUCCAUUUCAUACAGUGAUGUGAAAAAAAGUCAGAAUUGAACAGACCCUAAUGAUUAAUUACCAAUGUGUACCCCUGGUUUCUUCCAUACUGGCAAAGAACAUACGUAUUGAGAAAAUGCACAUGCUUAUACAAGGAAAUUGAACCACUGAGCUUGAUAACUUGCUGAUUAAUUCACUUAGUGGGCAUUAACACUAAAUUUCUGUAGUGUCAGUGAACAGCAUGAACUAUGCAACAUUGAAUUCAGGACAAAUUUCACUUGAAUGAAGCAACACUGAGCGGUUAUGUAUACAGGAUGUGUAAAGGAAGAAGUCAGUAAAUCCUGCUCCAUUACAGGGGUUAUUUUACUUGCUAGACAAAAAUGCUUCCAAACAAACAAUGAGAGAAACAAAAUAACAAUGCUUUGGGGAGUGUCUUAAAUCAUAAUGAUAACGAAAAUGUAGCAAUCAGUUGAGAGCACAUUCAAAUAAUACUUUACUAUCCUAACUUUAAUGGGCUUUUUUUUUUGUUAAUACAACUAUAAACACUAGUCCUAGCCCAAGGCACUUUCUGCAAGGUGUAAACAAAUGAGAUGAGUGUGUUUAUCUAUCACUUUAAAAAAAUAAGGUGCUACCACCAUCAAAAUGUGAUUGAAGCCAUUGAUAAUAUGUCUAUUUUCCCCUCAUAACUCCCAAAUAAUGUGAAGGACAUUACUUUAUAGAUGGCAGCUUAUUCUAUUACAUAUUUUGUAUCUGUACCCAUGUUUAAUUUCAUUUAUAAACUGGUUAUUUUUAAAAAUAAAUCAUCUUGGAUUUAUGAA